AACCUGUAACCCGGAAGAGAAACUUUUUCGGCCAAUGGAAGAGAUGCAGGCUAGCCGGUGGACAGAACAGCUGGCUCAGGAUCAUUGGAGGCUCCCAAAUCCCAGUACAUGCAUUUCUCCUGCAAUGACGGGACACUGAUUGAAAAGACAUGAGUGCGAGGAGAAAAGGUGGGAAGCCAAACAGAGGAGGAGGGAGAUUUAACAAACCAAGAGGAGGAGGUGGUGGCCGGGGAGGCGGAGGAGGGGGCGGAGGUGGAGGUGGAAGUCGGAAAUCAGGAGCCAGUCACUGGAUCGAUGACGAUGAUGAUUUCAGCCUUGAUUUUGGACCCGCUCGUUCCAGCAGACCCAGCAGAGGACGAGGUGACAGUGGACGUUCCAGUGGCAGGGAUGGGGGUCGAGGCAAGGGGGGCAGGGAUCGAGAGAGAGACGGUAGAAGGGAUGGGAAAAGCAGCGGUAAGGCUCUCCCGAGGUCCCUGGCGAAUACCAGGGUUUACCCGAAGCCUGGGGACAGCUUCAGGCCAGAAGCGAGCACCAUGCCCAUGCAGAGGAUCUUCAUGACUAACGAGAACCAAGAACAACUCAAGGAGCUACUGCGACAUCUACAGACCCAGGGCUUUGAUGAGCCUUAUGAUGAAUCUGGUUCAGAUUAUUCAGGGGAACAAGAGGAGGAGGAAUUUGAUGAACUGGAUCACCGCGAUGAAGGCCAGUUCUGGGCCACUAAUGAUGAGCCUGUGGAGCGAGCAGAAAGCCCAGAAUAUGACCCAGAUGAAGAUGACGAGCGGCCAACGCCUGAACCAAUCAUCUCAUUAUUUGCCAUAGGAAAACUCUGCAGGUAUGGUUUUGACAGGGAGCGCAGUAAACAAGCUCUGGAGACGUGUGGUGGAGAUUUUGGAGCCACUCUUGAGCAGCUCCUGCUUCAGGUUUUCACAGAGCGCUACGGCCAGAAAGCCGUUUGCCCCGACGGCGUUGAUGGGGUCCCUAUGGAUGAGUGCUUGAGCCAGCGACAAGAGGAAUCCCUGGCCCUGGCUGCCAUUUAUGGUGACCGCUUCAGUGAGCGCAUCGCCAACGCAGUCUGGACUGUAACCCUAGAUCUCUCGUUCCUCUCAAACAGUGCUUCCAAAAGCGUGGGAGUGGUUAAGGGUCGAAAUGGUGGAAAAGCCACAAAUAACCGUGACAUCUGCAGAUUCUACUUGAAAGGUCAAGGCUGCCGGUUUGGAGACAAAUGCAAAUUCAAACAUGAACUUCUCCCAAAAGAGAAGCCUGGGUCUGGUUGCUCAGACGUAACAGGUCCAAGCCAGCCUGGCAUCAGCAGUUAUUCUCCUCCUGAGUAUGAACUAGAGGUUCGCUUCCCCAAAGGGAACCGUUACCCCUUCCAGGCACCGAUAGUUGCCUUCAGCACCAAUGACGAGUCUGCCGGGGCUUCAGGGAGGCUCAGUGUGACAGAGAGAUUAUUUGGUGAAGCGUUGUCUGCAGCAAAGUCCAGCGAACCUGUCGUUUACUCUCUGAUAAGUUUAUGUGAGGACGAAGUUACCAUGAAGGAACUGCUGGCUGUCAACCAUCACAAAUACAGCUCACCCCCACCCGUCGUGGUGGCUCCUCCACCUUCUCUUACCAUAGCAAAGAGUAAGAGCGUGAGGAGCAAUGCUCCCGAGGAGACCAGGGCUAGCAGCACCAGCAGCAGCAAUCACACAAACAACAAGAGGACUGCUCCAUCCAACAACCAGAGACGCGUAGAUGUGAAAGAUACCGGAGAGGCUGAGGAUCUGGAUGAAAGGGACGAAGAUGAAGAAGACGAAGCUGUUCCUGUUGUGGAUGAGAGUUACGUCAACCUGAGGAAGAAGAUGGUGAAUAAGCACAAUCAGAAGAUGGGCAACGUACUGCAAGAAAACGGCAAGCUGUGCCGGGAGUUCCAGAAGAAACAGUCAUCAAGGCGAUUCAAGUCAAUGCUGGAGCAGAGGAGUAACCUCCCAGCUUGGCAAGAAAAGGAGAACAUCCUGGAUGUGUUGGACGAAUGUCAGGUGCUGGUGGUCAGCGGGAUGACUGGGUGUGGUAAGACCACUCAGAUUCCUCAGUUCAUUCUGGACGCCUCUUUAAGCGGUCCAGCAGACCAGGUGGCCAACAUCAUCUGCACCCAGCCACGCCGCAUCUCCGCCAUCUCCGUGGCCCAGAGAGUGGCGCAAGAGCGCGCAGAGUGCCUGGGGAACUCCGUGGGCUACCAGAUCCGCCUGGAGAGCGUCAGGACGUCAGCCACCAGACUGCUGUACUGCACCACAGGUGUGCUGCUGAGGAGGCUGGAGGGCGAAGCGGACCUUAAAGGUGUGACGCAUGUCAUCGUGGACGAGGUGCAUGAGCGGACGGAGGAGAGUGACUUCCUGCUGUUGGUGCUCAAAGACUUAAUUAUUCAAAGGCCAGACUUGAAGAUUAUUCUAAUGAGUGCCACUCUUAAUGCCAACCUCUUCUCCGAGUAUUUCUACAACUGUCCUACUAUUCACAUACCAGGGCGUACUUUCCCUGUUGAUCAGUUCUUUCUCGAAGAUGCCAUCGCUAAAACUGGCUAUGUCAUUGAGGAUGGCAGCCCGUACAUGCGCUCAGGGAAACAGAAUUUUUCUUCCGGGAGUGGGAGAGGAAGCAAAGGCAACUCGAGGGACGUGGUGGAUGACUUGGGCGAUGACGUUUGGAACUUCAUGUCUUUCUGUAAGAAGGACUUUGUCAAAGACUCUAUCCCGGACCAGCAGCUCAGCCUGCAGGAUCUCACAGUCCGAUACAAAGAUACUAAGAAGUCUGUGCUCAAGACGAUCGCUGCGAUGGACCUGGACAAGAUCAACAUGGACCUGGUGGAAAGCCUGCUGGAGUGGAUAGUGGGUGGAAAGCACAACUACCCACCAGGUGCCGUUCUCGUGUUUUUGCCUGGACUCGCUGAGAUCAAGAUGCUGUAUGAGCAGCUCCAGUCCAACAGGAUGUUCAACAACAGGCGCACGUCCAGGUGUGUGGUGUACCCACUCCACUCCACUUUGUCCAAUGAGGAGCAGCAGGCGGUUUUCAGCCGGCCCCCAGAGGGUGUCACGAAGAUCAUCAUCUCCACCAACAUCGCUGAGACCUCGGUAACCAUUGACGACGUGGUGUACGUCAUCGACUCUGGCAAGAUGAAGGAAAAAAGAUACGAUGCUACUAAGAGCAUGGAGAGCCUGGAGGACUCGUGGGUUUCUCGGGCCAACGCGCUGCAGAGGAAGGGUCGAGCAGGUCGCGUGGCCUCGGGCGUCUGCUUCCACCUCUUCACCAGCCACUGCUUCCAACACCAGCUGUCUGAGCAACAGCUGCCUGAGAUCCAGAGAGUUCCCCUGGAGCAGCUCAGCCUCCGAAUCAAGAUCCUGGACGUUUUCGCGGAGCUGACUCUGGAGUCGGUGUUCUCUCGGCUCAUCGAGCCCCCGGCCAUGGGGAGCUUGGACGCGGCCAAGCAGCGCCUCCAGGACCUGGGAGCUCUGACCGUGGACGAGAAGCUGACCCCGCUGGGCUACCACCUGGCCUGCCUGCCUGUAGACGUGCGCAUUGGAAAGCUCAUGCUGUUCGGCGCCAUCUUUCGCUGCCUCGACCCGGCUCUCACCAUCGCUGCCAGUCUGGCCUUCAAAUCACCGUUUGUGUCUCCAUGGGACAAGAGAGAGGAAGCCAACGAGAAGAAACUGGCCUUUGCUGUGGCCAGCAGUGACCACUUGGCUUUGUUACAGGCAUAUAAGGGAUGGUGCUGCGCCGCAAAGAACGGCCACCAGGCUGGUUUCGUUUACUGCAGGGAGAACUUCCUGUCUUGGCGUGGUUUACAGGAGAUCGCCAGUCUGAAGAGACAGUUUGCUGAGCUGCUGUCUGACAUUGGCUUCAUCAAGGAGGGACUGAGGGCCAGGGUUAUUGAGCGCAUGUGCUCUAAGGGCACUGACGGUGUCCUGGAGGCCACUGGUCCUGAGGCAAACCUGAACUCAGAAAACAUCCGGCUGAUGUCCGCCAUGCUCUGUGCUGCACUCUAUCCCAAUGUGGUCCAGGUACGAGCUCCUCAGGGGAAUUACAAGAUGACCAGCAAAGGAGCGAUGAAGAUGCAGCCCAAAGCCAACGAGCUCCGCUUCAUGACCAAGAGCGACGGCUGCGUCCAUGUGCACCCGUCGUCUGUCAACUACACGGUGCGCCACUACGACAGCCCCUACCUGGUUUACCACGAGAAGGUGAAAACGAGCCGCAUCUUCAUCAGGGACUGCAGCAUGGUGUCAGUCUACCCUCUGGUGCUGUUCGGAGGCGGCCAGGUCAACGUAGAGCUGCACAAAGGAGAGUUUGUCAUCUCCCUGGAUGACGGAUGGAUCAGAUUUGCUGCCUCUUCACAUCAGGUGGCUGAGCUGGUGAAGGAGCUGCGCUGGGAGCUGGACCAGCUGCUGGAGGACAAAAUCAGGAGCCCGAGCAUGGACCUGUGCAGCUGCCCCCGCGGCUCCCGCAUCAUCCGCAUGAUCGUCCACCUCAUCUCCACGCAGUAGCUCCGCGUUUGUCACCGUCAAGGGCUUAAAUGCAGGGAUGCUCUGUCGUGUAACUGGGUUCGUGCUCCUGAUCCAAAAGGCGUGAGACCGAGAACCUUCGCAGGCGUUCGCGCUGCUGCAUCACUGCCACGGAGUCAUUUUUAAUGAUCCGCCUGGGAACGUGUUCGGGGUUCAGCAGGGCCGGCACUGUACAUGAAGGGACGAUUACACCACACCACCCUGUUGCUACCUGACACAGUACCACAACUAUCAGUUUACACAAAUGUGUUUUUCUGUUGCUGCACUACAGGCUUUUCAAACAAAUGACUCUAUGCAGGUGAUGUGUUAAAGCUCUUGUCACUUGUUCCUUAAGUCUUGUUUACAACAUGCAGCAAUAGAAGAAGAAAAAAAAAAGUGCAGUAAAUUGGCACUCAACUGAUUGUUAAAUUUGAUGUCACAUAUUUUGUGUAAUGUACAUUUUUAUUUUGAGUUGUGUGUCCUACUCACAACUGAGGUUUCUUGGGUCCAUAUUGGAUUUCUUAAACUAAACGCGACUGUACUGAUAAAUGUUAUGAGUAUUUAUUUGUAAUGCAUGACUGAGAGAUCCAAGAGCUUCUGCAUGGAAUUCACCCGUUUUACAUUUACUGAAUGUAUUUAAACGUUAGUGAUGUCACAACCACGCAAGGGCUUUUACAAUCAGGUGGGAGAUGCCAAAGAAUUUAAAAGCCGCUGUCUUACCAAGUGAUGAAUUCCUCCGCACUACAAAUGAAAAUAAAGCAAACAUGACUGGCAGCAA